GAACAUACCACAAACCAAGAGAUCCAGGGAGCCUCCACAUGUUCAUGAUGGAAAAGAAACUCCUGUUGUGCCUUGUGCUUCUCGCCAUACCAGUGGCGACAGCGCAAGACUGCGCUGCUGGAUACCAGGAGAUUGACGGAAGUUGCUACUACUUCUCCAAAGUGGCCAAAAACUCCCGCCAGGCCAUAGCCACGUGCGAGGCCUCGGGGGGCGAACUGCUCGAAGUUGACGACGACGCUACGAGGGCCAUCAUCGACAACUAUGCCUCGCGUUGCGUGUACUGGAUCAGCGCUGAAUCGGCACUAGUUGACUACUGGCAGAGUGCAGAUAAGGAAUUCAAGUUUAUUUGCAAAGCAUCUACAAGUGAGGAACCUACACGUGAAACACCUACACGCGAAACACCUACACGUGAAACACCAGGUGAAACACCUACACGUGAAACACCACAUGAAACACCUUCAGAGGAAACACCACGUGAAACACCUUCGCCUGAAGAUGAUGAAGCUAUAGCCUGGCCACCGUUUAGAAACUUGAAAAACAAUUAUCCCGAUUCUACCCUCAGCGGGGAUGAUAUCGUAGAACAGGAGGGUUUGGAUGCCUGGCUGAAGGGCAAGGUAGACAACUCCUGUGCUAUACGUGCUAGCUAUGCCAUCACUAAAAGUGGAAUGACAAUGGAGGUGCCAGAUGAAUGCAGAGAAAACUGGGCUGGAGUGAGGGACAGGAACAGGAAUCCAUACUUCAUUCGUGUUGCAACUAUGUGCUGCUACCUGCAGGAGACCAUAGGUGACCCAGCCAUCACUGGAAAGAAUCAGGCGGACUAUGCGGGCCACCAGGGAAUCAUUGUAUUCAAGGACUGUGACUUCGAGACUGCUACCGGACAUGUGGACCUGUGGGAUGGUGCAGAUUGCUGUGGUCAAUGCUACUUUGAUAAGUGCGAUGACAUCAGGCUUUACAAAUGUGAAGAAGAUACAGAUGAAACAUCUACAAACGAAACACCUACAGAGGAAGAUGCUGAAGAUGAUGACGCUAUAGCCUGGCCACCGUUUAGAAACUUGAAAAACAAUUAUCCCGAUUCUACCCUCAGCGGGGAUGAUAUCGUAGAACAGGAGGGUUUGGAUGCCUGGCUGAAGGGCAAGGUAGACAACUCCUGUGCUAUACGUGCUAGCUAUGCCAUCACUAAAAGUGGAAUGACAAUGGAGGUGCCAGAUGAAUGCAGAGAAAACUGGGCUGGAGUGAGGGACAGGAACAGGAAUCCAUACUUCAUUCGUGUUGCAACUAUGUGCUGCUACCUGCAGGAGACCAUAGGUGACCCAGCCAUCACUGGAAAGAAUCAGGCGGACUAUGCGGGCCACCAGGGAAUCAUUGUAUUCAAGGACUGUGACUUCGAGACUGCUACCGGACAUGUGGACCUGUGGGAUGGUGCAGAUUGCUGUGGUCAAUGCUACUUUGAUAAGUGCGAUGACAUCAGGCUUUACAAAUGUGAAGAAGAUACAGAUGAAACAUCUACAAACGAAACACCUACAGAGGAAGAUGCUGAAGUUGAUGGCGCUAUAGAAUGGCCAGCCUUUAGAGACUUGAAAGGCAAUUAUCCCCCUCCUGCCCUCACUUGGGAUAAUAUCGUAGAUCGGGAGGGUUUGGAUGCCUGGCUGAAAAAUCUGGCAAACAAAAACACUUGUGCAAUGCGUGUCAGCUACGCCAUUACUAAGAGUGGAAUGACAAUGGAGGUGCCAGAUGAAUGCAGAGAAAACUGGGCUGGAGUGAGGGACAGGAACAGGAAUCCAUACUUCAUCCGUGUUGCAACUAUGUGCUGCUACCUGCAGGAGACCAUAGGUGCCCCAGCCAUCACUGGAAAGAAUCAGGCGGACUAUGCGGGCCACCAGGGAAUCAUUGUAUUCAAGGACUGUGACUUCGAGACUGCUACCGGACAUGUGGACCUGUGGGAUGGUGCAGAUUGCUGUGGUCAAUGCUACUUUGAUAAGUGCAAGGACAUCAGUCUUUACAAAUGUGAAUAGUUGAUGAGUGGGAGAAUAUCCCACCAGAUUGCAACAAAAACGGGUCACAGUUAUGAAAGAAGCAAAGUACAGUAAUACUUUUAUUUGUCUUUGGCACCAGAUAUGAAGGUCCCUUCGAAACUGCAAUGAAAUCCCAGUUACAAAUUGAAUGUAAAUGUACAUUGCACAUGGUCUGGAUGAAAUGCAUAUCAAAUACAAAACUUCACUUACAUCUUUAAUGGUCAUAUUGUUAUAGAUUUUGGGUAAGCUCACCCUUCCUUACAAUUUGUUCCGCUUGGUUUUAUUUUGAUGGCACACAUAAUAUAUCAAUACACUAAAUUAACACUGAGUAUUACUAAGUAACUAACUUAAAAUUAUUUUACUAAAAAUGGCAGUCAAAACAACACAAUUCAUUGCACUGAUCAGUUCCCAACCAAUCUAUGACAACAUGCUUUAUGAUUGACAGAUGAAACUCCUUUUUGGAAAGAGUAACAGACCACAUUUUGAAAAAUGAAAUGCAAGUCAAAUUUAUAAUAAAAUUAUGAUCCAUUCAUCAGGUCUGAACUUUUAUUGACCAUUGAUCCCCAAAUUUGAUGGUUCAAGAAAACCAAAUUUAAACGUAUUUGAAAUAAAAAAUCAUCACAUAUAAAUGUUCAUCCCAUCAUUUUGGCAUGACAUCAAGGGUUAAGUCUAUUUCUGAGCCAAACGGUUCAUGCUAUGCAAGCUGCUUAUUACUGCUGAAACAUAUGAUAUAGAUAAGUUAAUUAAUGCCAAACACUGGUCAUUUCAGGUCAAAGAAGUACUUUUCCAGAGUACUGUGGCUAACAGCCGUAUAAAUGUAAAGAAAACAUGUCUGUACAUGUACAUCAUUCUAAAAUUGAAGACGGCAUAAUUCUUUAUAUCAUGUUUCCUAAAACUUAAAUUUGACCAUAACCAAAAAUUAAUGUAUGUUUAAUGUUUUACAAGCUUUAUGAUUUAAAAUGACCAAAUCAUUAGUUCACAUUUUAUCUAAUAUAAUACAAUGCAUGCAAUAAUUAAAAAUUAGUAAUUCUUGCAUAUUCAGACUACAUAAGGCAUAUUAUAACAGUAAAAUCAUAGCAUUAUAUUAAUGUUAUAUCAGUGCUUGUCUGUGAAACACGGAACAUUGAAGUGAGAUUUGCCAUUAUUUUUGAAUGAUCAAAAAAGUAGAAAGGAAACUUACAUUUUGUCAGAUAACUAUAUGGAUUCAAAACUGUACUGCCUUAUAAAUUGUAAUGUAAAAUUAUGUAAACCAUACAUGGACAUGGCACUUGUUAAUUCAAUGAUUCAAUACACUGACUUAUAAGAAAUUACUUUAAUCAAGGAGGUUGAAACCUCCUUGCUUUGAUAGUUGACCAGUUACAAAGUGUCUCCUUGAUUGGAAUGACCUGAUUUACUUGACACAAUGCAUUGCAAAACAACAAGAUGUAAAAGAAAGCUAUAAAUCAAAGAUGACAGAGACACAUGUAGAAUACUUAAACAUUUUAUGGUGUAUAGAAAUGACUUAAGGUAAUGGGUUAUGGAAACCAUAAGUUAACUAAGCUACACCUUGUCCAUGCCACAUUACAGAGGUUGUGGUGUUUAGAGCAUCUUUGUUGUUUUUCAAUCAACAUUGGAUGGGUGAAAAUCAGUGGAUUAGAAGUUGUCAACAUCGAGUGUAUGAUGCAUAAUGAGGUUUUAUGAAAAUUAUUUUUCAGAACAACAAAACAAUGAGGAAGAGAUGUAACAGUAAAACACCAUCCUGGAGUAAUAUACAUGGACAUGAUUUUUCAAGAGAAAUUCUAAUAAUUUUGACAUUAAGUCAAUAGGGGUGAAAUAAGUAAUUUCAGUACGAAUGGGUGAUCGCUUAUCGAAUGAUUUAACAAUUAUGGAUAUACUUUUGUUUUGCUUCUAAUUGCUGGGAAUGCGGUUCUGUUCUGAAUAAAA